CCCAAACUUUCGAUGCCGCUCCGAAAUUCUCUGCAUAGACGCAACCACAAAGAACGCUCUCAGCUUGCACAUAGGUCUAGGCUUGGGAUCUUAGAAAAGCACAAGGACUAUGUCAAACGUGCUCGGGACUAUCAUGAUAAGCAGAACAAGCUCAACCGGCUGAGGCAAAAGGUUGCAGAGAGAAAUAAAGAUGAAUUCUAUUUCGCAAUGAAAAAGCAAGCCACUAAGGGUGGUGUGCAUGUUGCAGACAGAGGAAACGUCGCGUUACCAGUGGAUAUCGUUAAAGUGCUCAAAAGCCAAGACGAAAACUAUGUGCGCACUAUGCGUCUUGCAGGCUUGAAGAAAAUCGACAAAUUGAAGGCGCAACUAACGGCUAUGGUGGAUUUAUUGGGUUCACAAGAAACAGAUGCUACGGAGGAGCUAGAACCGGAGGAAAUCGAGACCCUGCAAAACGCGGGCAUUCUUCCCAAGCGUAAAGGGAAAGGCAGGGCCCGCAAACACAUCGUCUUUGUUGAGGAUGAAGCAGCGGCGAAGCAAUAUGCAACGUCAAGCAAAGCCGUCGCGACUGUUGUCGAUGAACCCCCGUCUGAAUCCCCAACAGUGGACCUAGGAUGGAAGCUUCCAACGAAAAAGCGUCAUCGGAGGGACUGGGAUGAAUCUGAAGAGAUAGCGGAAGCUGCUGGGGAGAUAACUGCCGAGGAAUCGCGCGAAGAUUCACAGGCAAAUCGGACACGAUUGUUAAAAGAACUCUCCGCGCGACUCUUCCGCGACACUCAACUACGCUACACAGAGCGGGAGUUUGAAAUGCAACGACAGCUUAUGGGCAAAGGUGCUAGGCGUAAAAUUGCUGGAGUAGAAGCAGUGGAGGGGGCCGAUAGUGACGAAGAAGACGAGGACGAGAUCGACGCCCGACGAGGCAAACGAAAAGCACCCUCCCAAAAGUUUGCCGAUGCUAAGACUUAUAAACCUCGUGUUUAUAAAUUCCGGAUUGAGCGUAAAGGGAAGUAG